AUGAAGAAUGAAAUCAAACAAUUGAAUCAAAUAAUGAAGAAUUCUGAAAAGCAUCAAAAUAUGCAAGAUAGCCAAAUCGCUCAGAUAGCCCGGUCCUUUUCAAGAGCACCUGGAGCAUUUCUGGGAAAGCCCAACAUAAACCCGGUGGAACAUUGCAAUCGUAUUGAGCUGAGGAGCGGAUGGACUUUGGGAGAUCCUCAAAUGGAUGCUCAGAAAGGAAUUGAUUCAGAAGAAGAGCUAUCACCUCUCAUGCCUACUUUAGUCCAGAACAAGGAUAGGGAAGAGAUUACCAAGAAGGUUAAAGGGACCCUUCCGCUUCCCCCACAAAGUCAGACGAUUCCUUUCCCUCAAAAGUUAAUAACAUCCCAAAAAGUUGAAGAGUUCCACCGAUUUCUAAAGAAGAUUAAAGAAAUCUGCAUUGAAGUACCUCUAAUAGAUGCACAGCACCAAAUGUUGAAGUUCGCCAAAUUUUUAAAAGGUAUUCUUUCUAACAGAAGACAGAAGGGCGACUUCGAGACUGUAGCAUUGACAGAGAAGUGCAUGGCUCUUCUCACGGCAGACACUCUUCCGAAGCUCCAAGAUCUAGGAAGUUUUUCUAUACCGUGUAAGAUCGGCUCUGAGCUUAUACACAAGGCUUUCUAUGACUUAGGAGCGAGUAUACCAAUGGGUAUAGUGGAAUACGUGCCAGUAGAGAUAGGUGGAUGCAUCGUUCCCACAGAUUUUGUUGUCCUGGAUAUGGAGGAGGAUCCCAAGAUCCCAAUCAUCCUAGGAAGACCAUUACUUGCCACCGCUGGAGCCCUCAUCGAUGAAAAUGCCAGCAAGUCGAAUGUACACAAAGCUGAGGAAUGUAGUUUCCAUGGGAGGCCGCCGGACAUGAUGCAUGAUUCGGCAAAACUUGAGAGGUCGCCCCCAACAAGCAAUAAAAAGUGCAUUUGUCCUGCAUGA